CCGAUCGGCGAAAACCCACGGUGAAAUUGGGCGAGACGUGCGGUGCUGGGAGACGGACGGGCCGCUGCUAUCUAUCCAUCCAUCACUUGUCGUUCCGUCGUCUCCCGGCCGGCGCCUUUCACGUGCUGCUUUCCUCUCCUGCCCGCGAAACAGAAAUUAGGCCUCGCCCAGCUGUACACGCCCACAAAAGGAGAGCGCGGGCCAGGACUUAACCCCGCGAGUCGCCCGCCUCCCGGCCGGACGGACAGGCAGAAGACGCACACACGCGCACACACAUACCUCGCCGACCUCGUCGUUUCCUUCCGCUGGAGAUCGACAUGGGAGCCGAGCAGCAGCAGCAGCAGCAGGCCGCCGGGGGCAGCAGGUUCGCCGCGGCGUUCGGCCUGCUGCGCCAGUACAUGAGGGAGCAGCCUGGCGCCGGCGGCGGCGGCAUGGUGACCGUGGGCCUCAUGCCGGGCGGCGGCGUCGACGGCGUCGACGCGGUGACGCCCGAGCAGAGGAUCCGGACCAUGGAGCUCUUCCCCCAGCAGGCCGGCACGGUCAGGGGCUCGCACGAGAGGACGGGGCCUGAGAGAGCGCCGCUGACCAUCUUCUUCGGCGGGAGGACGUUCGUGUUCGACGACUUCCCCGCCGAAAAGGCCAGGGAGCUCAUGCAGCUCGCCGGCUCCUUCUGCGCGCCGCCGCCCGUGUCCGACGCCGGCGCCGGCGCCGAGCCCGCCUGCCAGAACGCGCCGGGGCAGCCUUGCUUGUCAGACCUGCCGAUCGCGAGGAAGGCGUCGCUGCACAGGUUCCUGGCGAAGAGGAAGAGCAGGCUCGCCGCGGCAGAUCCGUACCCGGCGCCGUUAGCGGCGCCGGGGGCUGGGGCGGCCAAGGAGACGGCCGGCAAGGCUGUGCCGGAAGACGGCGGCGCGCCGUGGCUCGGCGUCAACUCCGCGCUCCAGCUCAACUGAAGGAUUUGAUGAGCCGGGAGAGGAAUAAAUCAAUCACUGCCUCACUGCUUCUCCACGUAGUACUGCUCGUAUACUACUACGUGGAUCCUUGAUCGUUGCCGUUUUUAUCUUACGCCCGUUAAUUGGCUGCGUCAGGGUAAUUAACCGCAUGGCGCUCGCUAAAUAUACAUAUAGUAUGUUCUUCAUCUGUUUGAGAAUUCUUUGGUGUCGAAUAAAAGAAUUCUUUCAUGCUGAA